GGCCAUGUAUUCCAACACAGCCAGACACUGCCGGCCCCGCGUGUUUCUCAUUAGGGUUGAAUGUUGUUGUCAUGGACUGCUGGGUGUCUCCACUCCAGUGCAGGCCUCCCCCUUUAGUCUCAGACUGGUGCGGAGACUGUAAGGUCAUUUAUGACAUCUCGCCAGCUGAACUGGAUGCUCUGUGGAGGGAACCACCAUAUACUCUUGGGGGAACAAAUGAACACUUCUCAGGAAAUGACAUCAUGACUCAAGGUGCAAGUGAGGAGGAGGAUGGUCCAGUGGUGGAGUCAGGUGAAGAAGGGGUGGAGCCUGACAGCUACUGGAAGAAGAAAGAAGCCUUCUUUAGAGGAAGUACCGUGUCACUGGGAGAGAAAUUCUCCUCAGAAAUUGUGCUGUUGUUCACUGGGCGGAGGCGCUCCAGUGUGGAUCCUGACCGAACCCUACAGGAGGCGCUGCGCACACGACUGCGAGUAGUGGAGAGCAACAGUCAGGACGUCAUCCAGCUCUUUAAAGACUUGUCUGCACGUCUGGUGUCUGUCCACGCUGAGAAGGAUAGCUUUGUACUCACAUUCAAGACUGUGGAGGAAAUCUGGAAGUUUUCAACUUACCUAGCAUUGGGCUAUGUGGCUCGCUGCUUGGAGAACUUCUUGUGUGAUCAGUCCUUCUGGCUGGACCCAGAGCUGCUCAGUGACUUGGAGAUCAGUGUAAGCGUGGACGAGGAACAUCUGGCCACCCUCUACCUGGGACUUUUACUCCAGGAAGGAUCCUUCUUUGCGAAGGCGCUGUUUACAAGAAGUGAGCAGGAUGAGGAAGAUGAAGAACAGCUGUCAUUCAAAAAGAAUGACUUGCUGAUGGUGAGGGACACAGGGCAGGACAACAUGUUGGAGGGCACCAUGCUCUGCACAGGAAACCACGGCCUGGUGCCAGUCAAUGCCAUGCAGCCACUGCCCUACCCCUUCUAUCAGUGGUUCCUGAGGAAGUACCCAGGCUACGCUGGAUGCUCACCAACAGAAAAGGAACCAUUUGAGCAUCCAAUUGUCACGGGUUCCUGUGUAGCAGUGGUUGACUACAGUCCAGUGGGGCCAGAUGAACUCCAGCUGAGCCAAGGUGACAUUUUGGAGAUCCAGGGUCUGCUACUCCGAAGCCUGGGCGUGUUCAUUGGAACACACACGUCCACGGGACACACUGGUUUUAUACACAAGGCCCAUGUCAAACCUCUGGACACCAUGCCCUUAGACGGACAAUUGGUCUUUCUGACUGAGGAGGAGAGGGCCAGCCUGGCUCAGGUUAACCCGUGUAGCUCUGAGCCAAGUGACAGCGGCCUGCUGGAAAGACGCUUCUCAUCUGACAUCAGCUCUGUGUACAGGCUAGACAGACUUGAUGAGACUGACUUCAUGUACAUCAGGAAUCGGCCAAAGCAUGAUCAAAAGGUUUCUUCGAGCACACGUCAGAGUGUCAUGUCAGAGAGAAGCGGUGGGACACCCCCGUACAACUCCUCCCCACGCCCCUCUUUCUCUUACUCCUCUCCCCGUCUGUCCCUCUAUCGUUCCCAUAAUACUCUGCCACGCGAAGGAGAGCGCGUGUCCUUCUCUCUGGAGGACACAUUCAGAGAACUGGACGAGUUCCAGGAAGAUCCACCUCUCUUCUUGGAGGAGAACAGCUGGGAAGGGGAGGAGUCAGAGCUCAGUGACCCCACACUGACCCUGCUCAGCCAUGAACACUUCCAGGAGGACUUCCUGCCUCUGUACGACCUGCAGUGUUCCUUCCUGUGGGUGACCUUCAGUGGAAAGACGGAGGACGAGCUCUUAGGACACCUCGAGAGUGUCAGGGAGUGUGCCAAGAGAAUGGGCAUGCACUGGGCACAUCGACGGACAUGCUUUCUCCUGGGAAGACUCUGUGCCAGGAAACUAAAGCUCUCCCAGGCACGGGUGUACUAUGAGGAAGCUCUGAGCGUUUGUGUGGACAGUUUCUCUGACACACCACUCCUCAUGGCUCUCUUUACAAACCUCACCGCCAUCUACCUGAAGCAGCGUAUGACAGACAAACUGCCCCAGACUCUGGAGAAGGCCAGUGCUCUGCUCCUCUGUCUCCCCAGCCACACCUUCACCUCCACGGAAGAGGUCGAACUGCUGAAGCUGCUCCUCAGGAGAUCAGUGGUGAUGGGGGACAAAAGCCUGGAGGCUCGUGUCUGCUACCUUAUCUCCAGCCUCUUCCUGCUUCUCAAGAAGACCGAUGACGCUCUUCCCUUUGUUGAGCGACUCCAGUUUCUCUCAGUGACUCUCUCUGCUGCUGAGGGGCGAGCCAUAGUUCCUUUGGAUCUCAACUGGCUUUUGAGCUGGCUCUAUCAUCGUAAAUACAUGCCCUACUUAGCACUGGCCUCUCUAAGCCUGGACUCAAGACAAGAUCACCCCCUCCAGGAUGCAUUCCAGAGGAUUGAGUUGUUUAUCAAGAACUCUGUUCGCCUGAACCCAUGCUGGAAGGAAGGAACCUCUCUGCUCCCUGCCCAGAUUGUGGUUUACCUUCAGCAGGCCCUGGCUAUAGCUGAGCAGGGGGAGGACAUGAAGACCAAAAGGGACCUGUGUUUGGGCUUGGCCUCAGUCUACCAGCAGUAUGGUGCUCUAGAUAAAGCAGUGCGCUGUGCUCAACAAGCUGUGGAGACGGGCGGCCACAUCAAUGAGGAGGAGGGUUUUGAGGCCUCUGUGCUGCUCGGCUGGCUGCUGGUGUUGACAGGACAGGCUGAGAGGGCCCAGAGUGUCCUACAGCCACUGCUCACAUCACUUCAGGGUACAGACAGUCCCACACAGCGAGGAGUGAUCCACAACCUCUUAGCUUUGUGUCUGCAAGAGGAAGCGAAGACAUGA